UACAACAUUCUCUUCCCUCUCUCUCCUGUUAGUUCAUCUUCCGAAAGGCGAUCAUCCCUUUCGAUCUUUCCUCUUCGAAUCGCGUUAGAUUCUGUAUCAUCUCCUCGAUCUCAUCCACUUCCGUGUAGAAUCUCACAUUCUCCGGAUCCUUAACUCUCAAAUGUUAACCUAAACUCUGUUCCCUCCGAAACAGAGCAACACUCACAAAGAUGUCAGAUUCAACCCAGGAAGAGAGAUACAGAGUCGGAUACGCUCUCGCAGCCAAGAAGGAGAAUAGCUUCAUCCAGCCUUCUUUGAUCGAGCACUCAAGGCAACGAGGCAUUGAUCUAAUCAAGCUCGAUCCAACGAAACCCUUGCUGGAACAGGGGAAGCUCGAUUGCGUGAUCCACAAGCUUUACGAUCUCGACUGGAAACAAAACCUCCACGAGUUUCGCGAGAAGUGCCCUAACGUCCCUGUCAUCGACUCGCCGGAGGAUAUCGAGAAAUUGCACAACAGGGUUUCGAUGCUCGAGGUGAUCACUCAGUUAAACUUCCCUGUUUCGGAAAGGGAGCGUUUUGGCGUCCCGAAGCAGGUCGUUGUGAUGGAUCCAACCGUUCUUAGCUGCGGAGGAGGAGGAGAAGGUUUGGGGGAGCUUGAGUUUCCGGUGAUCGCUAAGCCCUUGGACGCAGACGGGAGCGCUAAGUCUCACAAGAUGUUCUUGAUUUACGACCAAGAAGGGAUGAAGAUACUCAAGGCGCCCGUUGUGUUGCAGGAGUUUGUGAAUCACGGUGGCGUGAUCUUCAAGGUCUAUGUGGUGGGAGACUACGUGAAGUGCGUAAAGAGAAGAUCUUUGCCUGAUAUCUCCGAGGAGAAGAUUGGUACGUCGAAAGGGUCUUUGCCCUUUUCGCAGAUAUCGAACUUGACUGCUACUCAGGAGGAGAAGAACAAGGAGUAUGGUGAGGAUAGGAGCUUGGAGAAAGUGGAGAUGCCUCCUUCGAGUUUCUUGGAGGAGUUAGCUAAGGCGAUGAGGAAAUCGAUGGGUUUGAAUCUGUUCAACUUCGAUGUGAUUAGGGAUGCGAGAGAUGGUGAUAGGUACCUUGUUAUUGAUAUUAACUACUUUCCUGGUUAUGCUAAGAUGCCGUGUUAUGAGCCUGUGUUGACGGACUUCUUCUGGGACAUGGUCACAAAGAAGAGUCAUGUCUGACAACUAUCUGAGGGAGGGUUUCUACCAUUGCAAUGUGUUGCCAUUGCCAUUGCAGACUAUCUAAUCUGCCCUGCUAAUUUUCAUUUGGAUUAUUGAACUUGUGCUUCUUCUUUUUUUUUUCUUGUUAUUGUUUCUUAGGUGUUUUUCUCUUGUUUACUUCCAAGUUUUGGAAAGCCUUGUUCAUUGUUCAGAUGCAUAACUGUUGCUACUAUUGAGAAGUGAGAAUCAUUGAAUUUCUAAGUUCUGGACCAUUUGCUCUAAAUUCUUAA